AUGGAGAGUGAAGAUGAAGUCUUGGAUGACCUGUUGUUAAAGAAUCACAAAAAGGUGACUAGACUGAAAGAGAUUUAUAACAUUAUGUGUAUGUUGCAAAACACCUUGUGUUCUAGUACACAAACCUGGUAUGAGAAUUUGCCGCCACUUUCACCCGACAUCACUGGAGAAAGCGUUAUGAAGUUAGGUACGCCACUCAUUUUUUAUUUCAUUGCAUGGCUCCUUGGAUUUUUAGAAGACCCAGAAGCGUCGGAGUAUGUUGAAGUUAAUGAGAAGCAAGCUGUGAAGAUUGUUUCUAUAUGCGCAAAUCUCUAGCAUUAUCUGAUAAAUAUGAUUAAUAUAAUAUGAUUCUGCGCUUGCACAGUUAACCAUAAAUACGUCAAAUGUUAUCCCAAGGAACUUUGUGGCAGAGGAGUAUUUUAACCUUGUGUAUGACAAUAUCGAUUGCAAAGGGAUUGCAAAGCAAACACAUAUUACAAAUGGGAUUAUUUUUUCCAGAGAUGGCCGUACAGAUUCACCAAGAAGUCACAACAAACUGUGGAAGUGCCUAACUGUGUCAUUGUGGAACACAGCCUUGGAAUGAAAAAGACGGCAACUUUCCAUGAAAUCCAUCAAGACGCCCAGCCUAUGUCCAUUGCAUUGAGAGAUGCAGGAAGAACAGCUUACAAGCUCGAUUUGGCUUAUGUCCUCAGCAACAUGGUUUGUGCCAAUGACAAAACACCACUGCCGGGAUGGACUGGCUUCAACACCAUGCUUCAUGAAGAAAUACCCGAUGUUCAAAGUGUGGGUUACCUUCCAGUUAUUAAUGCAUUGCCUAUUGAAUAUGCCACCAUUAAAGAAAUUCUUCAACAAAGCAAGAGCAUCAUAGAAUAA